CAGAGAGGAAAUCUCUACACGCAUCUCUCAAUCAAGUAAGUCCAAGAAGGAUAGCUUAGAAACAAUUCCAACAGAAUUCCACUAUAGUAUUUUAUCUAUCAGAUUGUCAAACUUUUCUUUGGCUUGCCAAACUAAAGCUACUGGACCCUUAUUUCACUAUAAAUACAGGAAACCUCCUUCACUUCAUGCAUAGCCAUUAACCACCUCAUCUUCUUUGAUAUCAAUUCCCAAGCCAGCUACUUGUUCCUGCAAUGGAUAUCUCUUUUAGAGCGAUUUUGCUUUUAUUAGCAACUUUGCUUCUCUUGCAAACUCUAUCUUCUGCUAAGACAUGCAGCGACUGCUUCGUCAGUUCCAAAGCUGCUCAUUACCCGAACUCUGAUGUCCAAGGAUCAGAAAUCGGUGCAUGUGGGUUUGGUUCGUUUGGAGCAACGCUUAAUAAUGGAGAUGUAUCAGCUGCAUCUGAACUCUAUCGAAAUGGUGUUGGCUGUGGUGCAUGCUACCAGGUAAGAUGCACGAAUAAAUACUAUUGCACAGAUACAGGAGUGAACGUUAUCAUAACCGACCAAGGCUCAGGUCCUCAAACGGAUUUCAUUCUUACCAGACGAGCCUUUUCUCGCAUGGCCCAAACCAAGGAUGCAGCUGCAUGUCUGCUAGCCCUUGGCGUGGUAGAUAUUGAAUACAGACGUGUUUCAUGCAGCUAUCCAGACAAAAACAUCACGAUCAAGAUUGAUGAGAACAGCAACUAUCCUCAUUAUUUGGCUUUUGUGAUACGGUAUCAACAAGGCAAGAAGGAUAUCACUGCUGUACAGCUAUGUGAGACACAGAAUUUUGUAUGCAAGCUCUUAGAUAGAAGCUAUGGAGCAGUGUGGACAACUACUUCUCCAGCUAGAGGUCCCUUGAUACUAAGGAUGUUAUUCAGCGAUGAUGAUGAUGAAACAUGGGUUGUACCCAUCAAUAACAUACCACAAGACUGGAAGCCUGGGGCAACAUAUGACAUGGGAGUACAAGUGAACAAAUAGGCUCAUGCACCAACAGAUUGUAUACCAUAUAACUCAUUUGUCCUGGUUAACCACUGUACAAAGUCCUAGUGAUUUCACACAUAUAGAUAUGUGUUUCCUUUUAUAUGUUAAUUAUCUUAUUCUUAUUAGGUAUGGGAAUUGGCUUUGAUUAAGAGAUGUUCUUCAAUAUAAUAAUUAUGACGUUGGCUUGAAUUGCUAGUUAAAUAACAAAGAAUAGGUUUUAAAUUUCACAGU